AAAGGCAAUUGCUUAACCAACUGAGCCACCCAGGUGCCCAUGGUGGUCACUGUCCUUAACUAAGUGUGUCCAUGAUGGGAUAACCUCACAUUUUGUGUCUUCUGAGUAAUAUAAAGCACAUGGUAUCACUCAUGAAGAAUUCCUGCCAAAAUAUUGAGACUGAUCCUAAAUUGAGCUUAAAGCCUGAACUUCUGUUUUAAAGAAAAUACAGGGGAUAGAGAAGUAAGGUAAACACUAGCACAGUCAGACUGCUGGUCUCUCAAAAAGCCAAUGUCAAGAACGAAGGGGGAAGUCCUAUUCUAGGAGACUACAGGUAACAACCACUUUGAAUGUAUGACCCUUGGUUGGCUCCUGGGUUGGAAUCAAUACAGAAUAAAAGAGUUUGAGAAGACUUGAGGAAAUCGGAAUAUGAAUUGUUAACUUGCUUAGGUAUGAUGAAUGGUAUUACAGUUAUGCAGAAGAUCCUUAUUUGAAGUAUUUAGGGAUGAUGUAUCAUGAUGUCUGCAACUUUGAAAUGGUUCAAAAAAUAUAUAGAUAAAUGAAGCAAAUAUGGCAGGUGUUGACAAUCAUUGAAUACAGGUGGUGGUUAUAUGGGUGUUCAAUCUUGAUGAUAAAAAGUGGGGAAAAAAUACAAGGACAACAAUUCAUUUGUUCAUUCCUAGUUCAUAUUUCUAGUACCUCAAAUGCAGUCAGUAUAGGAAGUCUAGCAACCCGGCAGCAUCUUAUGCUUAACAAGUUAGCAGAUAGGGAAAAAUAUGAAUCAGAUAUUUUCUACCCAUAUAUUCAUACUAAUAUCCAAUUGAGGGAGAUAAUUAUAUAAAUAAAUAAAGCAGGUAUCUGAGAUGGAUAUCCAAGUAGAGAUAAAAACGAACUUUGGAAGAGUUUAGGGCAGAGGAAGCUUUCUUCACAUUAAGAGUGUUUGAGAAAACUUCACCUGAACUGGUCCAGAAGGAUAUCUCAGUUUUUCACCAAGUAAGAGGUGCGUUCAAAGAACAGUGAUUGGGGCUCUAGGGGCAGGGGUGUCCAGUGGAUGAAGAAGGGUAGAGAAGCAACGAUGGACUGGUUGUGGAGGAUCUUGAAAUCUACGGCAAAGUAUUUGGAUUUUUCUUUCUUACCAGUAGGGAAACUGAGGAUUUUUGAGCAGAAGAGUGGCCAAGGAGAUCUGUGCUUUCGGACCAGUGUUGACCAUUGGGGAGUAUUAAAGCCCAAAGCCAUCAUGCACUGUAGCUCCUUUUCAUUAAGGAGGCUCCAGCCUGCUCUGAGUUGCUUUUUGCUCUCUCAGGAUGCUGAUGAGACCCAGGGAGGAAGUUUCGAGGAUCAAGUCACCUCCAGGCCCUCAACAGUGGAAUCUCAGGGACUGUUGACCUUCAAGGACAUAUCGGUGGACUUCACCCAGGAGGAGUGGGGGCAGCUGGCCCCUGCUCACCGGAAUCUGUACCGGGAGGUGAUGCUGGAGAACUAUGGGAACCUGGUCUCAGUGGGAUAUCAGCUCUCCAAACCUGGUGUGAUUUCCCAGUUGGAGAAGGGAGAAGAGCCAUGGCUGAUCGAGAGAGAGAGAUCAGGAAGUCCAAGUUCAGACUUGGAGAAUAAAACAGAAACCAGGGAGGCAGCCUUAAAGAAUGAUAUUUCAUGGGAAGAAUUACACCAUGGCCUAAUGAAGGAACAGUCCACAAGAGGAAGCACCUUAUAUUCAACACUGGGAAGAGUCUCCAAAUGUGAUAAGUUAGAAAGCCACCAGGAAAACCAAGGAAUGGGUGAUGGGAAAAUCCCCUUGACGCACAGGAAAACACUCACUCAGGAGAGAGGCCGAGAACCUAACAGAUUUGAGAAAAGUACUAACAUGAGCUCAAAAGUUAUUCCCAGACCAGAAGGUCCUCCAAGAAUAAAAGACCAUAAGUAUGAUAUAUCUAGAAAGAGAAGUAGAUACAAUUUAGAUUUGAUCAAUCAUUCAAGGAGUUACCCAAGAAUGAAAACCUUUGAAUGUAAUAUUUGUGAAAAAAUCUUCAAACAGCUCAUUCACCUUACAGAACACAUGAGAAUUCAUACUGGAGAGAAACCUUUCCGAUGUAAAGAAUGUGGAAAAGCCUUUAGCCAAAGUUCAUCCCUUAUUCCACAUCAGAGAAUCCAUACUGGUGAGAAACCCUAUGAAUGUAAGGAAUGUGGGAAAACCUUCAGACAUCCAUCAUCUCUUACUCAACAUGUUAGAAUCCACACUGGGGAGAAGCCCUAUGAAUGUGGCGUAUGUGAGAAAGCAUUCAGCCAGAGCAUUGGGCUGAUCCAGCAUCUGAGAACUCAUGUUAGAGAGAAACCUUUCACCUGCAAAGACUGUGGAAAAGAAUUUUUCCAGAUUAGACACCUUAGGCAACAUGAGAUUAUUCAUACGGGUGUGAAACCCUACAUUUGUAAUGUAUGCAGUAAAACCUUCAGCCAUAGCACCUACCUAACUCAACACCAGAGAACUCAUACUGGGGAAAGACCCUAUAAAUGUAAGGAAUGUGGGAAAGCCUUUAGCCAGAGAAUUCAUCUUUCUAUUCAUCAGAGAGUCCACACAGGAGUAAAACCUUAUAAAUGCAGUCAUUGUGGGAAAGCCUUUAGGCACGAUUCAUCCUUUGCUAAACAUCAGAGAAUUCAUACUGGAGAAAAACCUUACGACUGUAAUGAAUGUGGAAAAGCCUUCAGCUGUAGUUCAUCACUUAUUAGACAUUGCAAAACACAUUUAAGAAGUACCUUCAGCAGUGAUAUGUGAUAUAUGUUCAACAUCAAAGAAUCCUCAUAAUGGAACAAAAGCCUCUAAAUCAGGUUUUCUGACUUCUGGAUUUUAAGAAGCAAUGAUUUUCUCUAAGGAUUUGACCCAAUUUACAACUUUCAGUUUUGCUAUGUUAAAGAAACUACCUUUUACUAACAUUGAUACAGAAAAGAAAGGGCAUUUUAAUAUUUUUAAAUAUAGGAAGGAUGUAAUCAUUAGGAAUAACACCCUUAACAUUGAAUUAAAUUGACUAUGAAAAUCUCCCAAAUUUGUCUUUAUUUUUCUCAUUUCAUUAUGGGCCAGUGAAAAGUUCAUUAUGGCAAUUACUGGUACUUGGAUUGGCUUUUGAGAAUCACUGUUUUAAAUAGUCCUUAAAUAAUCAGAAUAAAACAUGAAGUAUAAUUUUUUACUAUAGCCCUUUAUACGGCUAGAAGAGGUAUGAAUAAAAAUACUGAUUGGCUCAUUUCUAGAAUAAAUAGUGUUAAAGGAAGCUUUCUAGAAUUGAUAGACAACCUACUACACAUGAAAUACUUAAGUAUAUUUUAUGGUUUCUUGUAGAGAAUGGGCAAACUUUUUAUAAAGGGCCAGAGAGUAAAUAUGUUAGGUAUUGUGGGCCAUAUGAGCUCUGUCAGACCACUCAUCUCACCAUGUCAGUGCAAAAACAUCCAGAGAAACACAUGAACCAGGAUAUCUCCGCCAUGGCACUGCUGAUAUUUUAGGCCAGAUGUUUUGGGCAGCUGUCCUGCGCCCUACAGUGCGUUUAGCAGUAUAUCUGGCCACAAGUUGCCAGUCAUAGAUGCCAAUAGCUCCCCCCACCCCCCAUUGUAACAACCAAAUAUGUCUCCAGAUGUCACAAGAUGUGCUCUGGGGGUCAAGAUUGUACUCAUGAAGUAUUUGAAAACCACUGACCUAAAUGAAUGGGUGUAGCUCUGUUCAAAUAAACAAUGAACUUUGUGUAAAAAACCAGUGUUUGGUUGCGUUUAGCCUGAGAGCUACAGUUAACCAU